CACAAAAACAACCAACACGUUCAUCGGAUGAUUCGGAUGUAAACAAAGGCAUGCCUUGGCAAUAACUCUAUAAACAUGAUAUUCUCUUUUUAAAUUUAUGUUGUCCUUCAAUCUAUAUUUUUCGAAAAGAAUUAAACUCUUGUCAGAAUGUUGAAAUUUAAGAGAAAAAAGUGUCACUAUUUUCGAUGCGUCACUAACCAGUACAACGAAGAUGACUGGGAAAAGAAUAAUGCAGUCACGCUUCACUCAAUUAUUUCACUCAAAACGAGAAUUGAUAUUCUUGAUCGGAUGAACAUAGCCUCCUAUCCCUAUCCAUCCAAGAUCCCAGCAAGAUUGAAUUCAAUCCUUAUCUGCUCUUUGCAUUUUCCUGAUUCUGCAUUCCAGUAUCGUAGAAAAAUGCCCAACGGUUCGGUGAGACAAAAGUUAAAUGAAGAUGCAUUAUGUUAUGACUGGAGAGACUCAUGCAGUAUGGAGGAAAUUGAAGAGAUUGAGGCUCAAGGUUCAUUUCAACAGUGCUUGAUCAAAGAGUUCAUCGAAGAACAAAAAGCAAGGGGCAGCUUGUCUCCAAGGAUUGAGCAUAGCUAUUCACAACCUGAUCCCUGCAUUAUUGUUCCUCACAGAGCAACUCGAGAUGAAGUAGAACUGGUUCCACUAAUUCCAAUCAGAAAAAUCUCACCAGGGGUGAACAUGCUGGAUCUAGAGGAGCCUGGUCAAAACGAAAAAUUGUUUCCUCCGCAUAUGUUGACCAGAGAAGAAUUUUUGGCUCUCGAGGGAAAUUCCAAGUCUCCUUCAUCUGAGGAGGAAGAGGAGGAUCAGCAACAGGAGGAGGCUGGCUCACUCUCUACUGUUGAGGAACUGGAGGAAGAGCCGAUCUAUUUGUCUUCCGAGCCUGAGGCUUUUCUGAAGAAGGAGGGUUUCUGCCGGCUGUGCUCUAAGAUUGAAGAACCACUGAUUGGGAUUUUUGAUGAGUUGGGUUGCAACAUUGGUCUUGCAGAGAAAAUCAACAAAGUUCUGCCAAUCAUUGUUUCUGAAUCAGACAAUUUGCCUUUGAAAGUAUGUGUUCAGUGCAUUACCAAUUUGGAAUCUAUCUACGAGAUGUACAACCAAGUUGCUAAAGCUGACAGAUGUUUGAGAUCUAAAUUCAAAAUAACUGAUGAAGAUGAACCAGAAAAUGUUGAUGUGUUGAAAGCCAUGAUGGAUGAUAUUGGAAUAGAAGACAAUGAUCAUGAACAUGUAGAUAGCAUGGGCUUUACAGAUGAUGAUGGUGCUCAAGACAACGAUCUAGUGGACCAUACGGAUGAGGAAGCAUCCAUUAACAAUGAAGCCCUGCAUCAGGCCCUGGAGAAAGUGCUGGACCCCUCCUUCGAGGCCUCUUACUCGACACUUAUCUGCUCAAUGUGCAACAUUAGCUUUACGAAGGAUGACGAAUACACUGAACACUUCCGAAAGAAACAUCUUUCCAAGCUUCGUCGCUGCUCAAUCUGCCAAGUUUACUACCGCAAUAAAACACUCCUCAGGAAUCACUGGCGACAAUUACACAUGAAAAGUGUAAAGACGGCGGUGCCAGCACCCAAGAAAAAGAAGAAGAAAAUAACUAAAAAAUCCCACAAAUGCAAUCGGUGUAACGCUACCUUUUACGGCAAGAUACCGUUCAAGAGACAUAUGUUAGAGGAGCACCGAAAAACACUCAAGUUCCUAAAGUCUUUGGAAGAGCCAACUGUCAAGUGUGACUUCUGUGAUGAGAUGUUCAUGAAUUCUGGGUUGAAGGAAAAUCACAUGGAGAAUGUGCAUUUGCAGUACAAACCAUACAAAUGCAGGUUCUGUCCAAAGGUAUUUCGACGGAAACUCAACAGGAACUAUCACGAGAACACACAUGAUUCAAAAAAGGCACUUCUGUGCCCUACUUGUGGAGGUCUCUUUGGCUCAAAACUAAUCCUUGCCGCCCAUAUGAGAACCCACUUGGAACCAUUGACAUGCCAAGUUUGUUCCAAGAAAAUACCCCCAGACAGGAUGAAAGCACACAUGUUGGGUCACACAGGUGAUCGCAACUUUCCGUGUUCCGAGUGCCAGGUCAAGUUUCCUACUAAACAGUCCCUGCAGCAACACAUGCAGGCGCACUUGGACGAGCGGUUUGCAUGCAAUUUGUGUGCUUACGUGGCCAAACGCAAGUCCCUCAUUCACACGCACUUCCGACAAAAACAUGCCUUUGAAUUGGGGUCCGGCUUAUUCCACUGCGCCAUUGACGGCUGUGACGCUCAAUUCAAAAGUAAUGCCUUGUUCUACCUUCAUGUUGUCAGUAUCCACCAAGCUUGCAGCCUCCUAAAGGAUGAUCUCGAGGAUGGAGUUGACAGCUUCUAUUGCAAGUACUGCGACAGCCGGUUUGACUCUCCACUGAUUGCAAUAAGCCACAUGAGGCGCACACACAAAGAUGUAAAAACACCAAUCUACACCUGCUCUGUUUGCAAUAUGGAGACCACUUCAGUCUACAAACUGGUCAGCCACCUUUUCACCCAUCCCGAGAGCCUCAGGUACAAGUGUCGAAUGUGCCUCGAGAAGUUCCCAUCGUCCCGCAGCAGAUCUACCCACGAGUACAAAGAACAUUACGAGAAUCGCAGGCAGUGUCCCUACUGCGAUCAAAGAGUGCCUCACAUCAACUUUGAGAACCAUGUUGCCUUACACACUGCUGGUUCUGGUGCUGGUGAACAGUACACUUGCGAGGUUUGUGACGAAUUGUUUGUGGAACAGAGCAAAUGGAAAAACCACAUGGAUAUGCACAUGCUAGCCAAAGAAAAAGUCGGAACUAUUGGUGGCGAAAAUUUCCCUUGCAGGUUUUGCGGAAAAGCCUUUGACAGUGGAUACAGGCGACGUUUCCAUGAGAACGUGCACACCAAACCAAAGUAUUUCAAAUGCCCCGACUGUGACUUUACGUGCCUCAACAUACAGACUGCCAGGAAACACAAAAGGGAAACCCAGCAUGCCAAACACAUGGUGCAUGAGAGAAAUGCAGAAGAUUUGGAAACCGAAAUUGGAGAGAUUUUAAAAGAGGCAGAGGAAGAAGAAGUUAAAAUGCAGGAAGUUGACGAAAAUCAGUAUUCCUACAUAUUCACAAUAUCAUAGUUCUGCAAAAGAACCGAAAAUGCACGUUUUUAAUGAAGAAUAAUUUUUUUACAAGCAAACAAUAAGAACAGAGUGACUAGAACAUAAAUAUCCUUGUUUGAUUUCUGGU